AUGAGGUUAUUAGUGGUCGUGGCGUUGGCUGGAACCGUUAUCACGGCGUACGCUGCUUCUGGUACGGUUUAAAAAUCAUUUAGAAAAAAUAAAUCUAUUCAAAGAGUUCGCAAAAAAUUCACAUCGUCCCAAAAAAGUGGUUUCGUUGGCUAGAGAGACCGUUUGACAUAGGGAAAUUUCCACGAAAAUGAAACCUUUCUCAAUUUUAUAUAGUUCAGGAUUAAAAAAAGGAAAAAAGAAGAUGAAAACUUAAGGAACCGUCCAUUCUGGCAGCCUGAUUUCGUCGAGAAACGAGUCGAUCCUGUCCAUCAAGCCGAAUAUGUUCCAGUUCCAAGGGAUCGCUGCUCGGGACCCUUAUGUUCGUUUUCAAAACCCUGACAAGAUAUUUUGUCAAGCUUUAAAAAAUCGACCUAAAAAAAAAUGAGUUCAUCUUCAGGCUGAGAAGCGACCACGUGCAAGCCGGAACGUGAGGGCGAAAAAGGUUUUUUUUUUCUUUCGAAGUGAAAGUUGAGUACAUAGAAGGAGGUCUGUAAAAUUGAUUGGCUCUCGAUUUAGGCUUUUUGAAACUUUACUUUGUACAUUAAAAAACUUUCUCAACGUACUGAGAAACUUAGAGGCUCGGAUAGGACACUCAAGUGGCCACUAGACCCACCUCUAUAGUGGCCACUAUUUUCCGUUUUAGUGGCCGCUUCAGUAGUUUUUCAUCCAGUAUUCCUUCCAGUCACUCUGAUAAUUUUAAAACAGACAGAUUGGACCAUUUAUUUUGACCCAUUAACCCCUAAAGUGGCCACUAAACGUUUUAGUGGUCUAGUAGUAGCACCUAGACCUCUACAGUGACCACUGACUUUCAACCCCUUAAGUGGCCACUAAUUUGACUACUAGAGAGGCCACUAAAACGUCAAAACCCUACAGUGGCCACUAAAAAUUUUCCCACAAAUAGGAAUUUUUGAAACUUACUCGGAGGGAGGUAGUAAGUUGAAAGGUCUUUUUUGGCUAUAAUUUUUCUUGAUGUACCAGGAAAAGUUUCUGAAAGUCUCAACCAGCUAAGCUUCCAUAUUUUCGAGAAAUAAGGACUCAAAGCCCUAAAAUGGCUUUUUAAACGGAUUUUGGCGGUUUUCUUUGACUUUGAAGUGUCUUUUCCUGAAAAAUAAGAAGUUUUGAAGGUUGAGACUUUCUGAAUAUUUUUCUGGUGUACCAAGGAGUAUUCUGGCCAGUUUUCAAGGAAUUCUAAGGCGUAGAUGACCUCCUUGUGGGACUAUAAGUGGGAAAAAUUCAGUGAAAGGUAGAAAAAUUCAAGGCACGUCAGUCACGUCGUCUGACCCGCCGCCACAAGAACUUCCACAACCGCCUCGCCGUUCAGAACGGCUACGAAGAGCAGCAAGUGGAGAAGGCGGGUUUUAAAAAUAUUUGAUGAACUUUCUUUCCAAUAUUCAAGAUCUGUUGAAUAUUCAGGCCAAAAAAUUGUUCGAAAUUUUAAACUUACAAAAAAGGAUUCUGGUGGUAGUAAGACUAAAAUGUUAUAAAACUAGAAAAUUUAAAUAAUUAAUGAAAAAAAAAUUAAAAGCUUCAAAACUUCCGACAGAGUUGCUGUGACAGUUUGACCUGUCUGCGCUCUCUUUUCCCUCGCCAACAAGUUUAAAUUUUAAAAUGACUGAAUAAGAUCCUGGUAAUAAGACUCAAAAAUAUCGUAGAGCCAGAAAAUUUAUAUAUUUGAUUUAAAAAAAUUUAAAAGCUUCAAAACUUCCGACAGAGUCGCUGAAGAAGUCUGACCUGUCUGCGCUCUCUUUUCCCUCGCCAAAAAGAUCAGAGGACACAGAGAAAUAGCAUGUAAACAGUAGAGAGUUCCAGAGAAACUAGAAUUCUUCAAGUCUUGCUGGAUUAGGUGUAUAGCUGGCUUGAGCCAUUGAAAAAAGGGUCCUGACACGAAAAUGCACAAGAAAGCGCCUGGCUCGUGGAGAGCGCAGACAGGACACGCCCCCUGAGCCUCCCAAGCUGGCCGUGAAUCAGCUAUAACUAGCCUUUUCAAAAAUUGGAAAAAAAUAAUUUUUCCAGACCCGAUCCUACGGCCCAAUCAAGCACCAAGACUCUGGGUACAAUGAGCCUGAACCUGCUCCAGCUCCCGUUCCAGCUCCAGUUCCGGCUCCUGUCUACAAUGAGCCAGCUCCUGCUCCAGCUCCAGUCAAGGUUUGUAGAGGAAACUAACGGAUUUAUAAGAUCGGAAAGUCAUGAAAUAUCAGGUUGUUCAGAAAGUUUUUCCGUCUUUUAUUCGUUUGACUUCAAAUAAUUCUAACUUCACUUAGAAUUUAUCAUUCUGAUCAAAACAAAAAUAAUCUUAUUGAAAAUCUUACACGAGAAAAACGAGAAACUCAGUUGAUGAUAUCAAAUCCUGAAUUACUAUUAGAGGGGCCGCAAAGCCACGCCCACUUUGGGCGAAAUUUUUUUGGGAAUGUCUGUUUGAGGCUCUUAGCUAUCAGAAAACAUAAAAUUUAAGUUUUAACGACCAUUUUGAGGAUAUAGGUUGCGGUUCCUGCACUGAAAGCUUUGAAACUGGCCAAGUCCUUUUUGAGAUGGUUUUUGUUUCGAAGAAUUUUUCGCGAGAAAAGUAUUUUCAAAGUUUUGAAAGAUGUUGAUCAGCAAGGUAAGUUUAAAAUAUUCAAAUUUUACGCUUCUUUCGAAAAUUUAAAGUUUUUGGUAACCAGGUAAAAGAUUUUCAUAAACCUUCGCAGGACCAUCCUUACAAGAGAAGUAUGAAAUGUCUGUUUUUGAAAAAUCGCUUGAAAAAAGCUUCGAAGUAUCUUGAUUCAAACUGAACAUUUUUUUUUCCUAAUAAUGUUCAAAGAUCUUUGCAGCCCGUUGUAGUGGAUAACAAGAAGUUUUUUUACACAGUUUUUAAGCCGGGAAAAAAAUUUCUGUAUAAAAAAAUAUAAAAAAAUCAGGUCUUUUUAGAGAACAUUUUUUUGCAAAAAUUCUAGCAUAUUCCUUUUCAUUUCUCUUGUUAUAAGUGCCCUGAUUCCAUUUCACCGGUUGAAAUUUCCUAUUCCAGAGUUUUUGAGAAAAAAAUUUCACACCUCCAUUGUUUUUUUGGUCAGAUUUAUGGUCCUUUGAAGCAUCAAGUAUCUUUUUUUUUCUAACUUUUUAAUUAAUUGCGAUAAAAAUUCAAGACUUUAUUCGAUUGAACGGCAAAAAGUAUGAAGUUUCCUCGAGAACUGAAACUUUUUUGAAGAGAAUUUUGGACAAGACCACAAAAAAAAGAAAGCUUUUCUUCGAAAACUGAACCUUUUUGAGUGAAAAUCCCAUGGAAAAGCUCCCCUUAUCAUGACAUUAAUAAAGAAUUAUUUCUACAGGAAGCCUACGAAGAGACCCAAGAUCCAUACCAGGCCGAAACCACCACCACCACUACCACCACGACCACUGAAGCUCCUCUUGUAAGUCUCCAGUCGAAAAAAAAGCAAAAAAUCGCCCUUUUUCAGCCCUACGAGGAGACGACCACGCCUCCCGUGAGUUCAAUCAGAAAAUUUUAAUCAAAAAAUGGUCACAGCUUCCCUUGAUUAAUUAUAAGCACUUUUUUGCGUUGAUUCAAUUAUUGAGCGUUAAAAAUUCGGAGAAAAUCGAUGAAAAAAAAUUUAAGGCCGCUCAAAUUUUCCGAUCAAGCUCAUUUUUAAAUAGUCCCGGUAAUCUUGGAAACGAUUAGCGAAUGAAAUUAAAGUUUUAGCAAAUCUGAAGACUUGAAACCUUUUUUGCAGGCUUAUUUUGGAAUUUUUAAGUUUAGAUUCAGAAUCUGAGUUCGUCUGUGAAAUGACUUAAAACCGCUAGGAAAUCAAAAGAUUUACUUUCGAAUCAAGCUCAUUUUGAAAUGGUCCCGGUGUUCUCGAAAAAGGAUUAUUGGAUGGGAUUUUUGGAAUUUUGAAGGUUCAAAGGGCUUAUUUUGCUGAGAUUUAGAAUCAGCGUGAAAAAAUGCAUUUACAAACCAAAUUAUUAUUAAGAAAUCUCACUGGGAGCGUUUUUUUGGCCUGGUAAGAAGGUUUUAUCAAAUAACUUUUCAGAAAUACGACGACACUUUCGUGGGCGCCUACUACUACGGCGUCAAAGGCCAGGGCAACGACACCUUCCCUCUUCCAUCUUGCUUCUACAAUCCCAGUGGUGAGGAUAUCGGAAUAAAUUCUAAACGUCUCGAAAUCAAAAAAAAUAUUUUUCAGGUCAGGAAAAGUAUUCCGACAAAUUUUAAGCGUUUGCGGGUGCAAAAAAUGAAUAAUUGAGAAAAAAAAAGUUUUUUUCAACAUCUCUUAUUCGCCUCAAGCUUGCCAACAAAUAAUAGAAGCUGGCCAGAAGCUUUCUUGAUUUUUUUCGGAAAAAGGCUUUCUGUCGCGACGAAAUAAAUAGGAAAGUAUUAUGGAAACACCAUUUUUCAAGGGAAAGAACCUUUUUGGAAAAAAACGAAAAUUUGUUAAGAUUUUUUUAACAAUUUUUUUGUCUGUCGAAGCCAGAUCGGGCUCUGAAUCGGGGGUUUUUUUUUCAAUAUCUCAGUUACUCGGGCAAAGUUGGAAUGGUAGAUAAUGGCCGCUUAAAGGGAGAGGCUCUAAAAAGGCCUCAGAAAGGCAGCAAAAAGGCAGCGAAAAGGCAGCAAAAAGGCAGCAAAAAUGCAGUGAAAAAAGUCCCUUUAUCGAGCCUUCUAUUUUUUUUAAGAUUUUAAGGCUCAAUGGUGGAAAAAAAAGGAGCAUGAAAGCCGAUAAAUUGGCGCAAAAAGGCAGCAUAAAAGGAACCUUUUUUACCCUGAAAAGGAACAUUUCUAUGGAGCCUUUAUCCACCCUUUCCGCUAUGUAUUUCUAUUAAAAAUACUGAAAAAAAUUUAGUGCAUUUUUCCAAGACAAAAAAAGAAGAAAGAGUCAAAAUUUUAGGUUAUGUGUGCUGCAACCUGGCUCUCAACGACCUUCUGACGGAAGUCUGGGAGAAAAUGAAAGUUGAGCCCCGGUUUAACAAAUGCAACGUUCAGCGCGUCGCCAACAGAAUUCAGGUUUUUUUCUCAUCGGAAAAAAAUUAAGAAAGUUGGAAAAUAGAAGAAAACCCUGUGAAGACGGUAAAAAACCAUAGGAUUUUCAGAAGUAAAAGACCAAAAAUAGGCUCUUCGUCGCGAUACUUUUUUUCAAAAUUGGCCCAUGCGCCUUUAAAAGCCCUAGCUUAACUCCAAUUUUAAAACCUUACUGAAUCCUAUAGUUGGAGAUAAGAAAAUCGCUGAGCAUGCGGUAGAAAUUAGAUGAAAAAAUCGCUCUUUUUUCCAAAGAAAUCUGUGAAUCGACUAGAAAAAACCAAAAUCCGAUAAAUUUCAGCAACAAGCUCAAAAACUGUUCGACCUGGACUUUGAGACGAUCGUCGGCUACGGCGAUUACUCUCAAAUGAUCCACUUCCGAAAGGACCUCGUCUGCAAGGUCGAAGCCGACGGACGGUUCGUUUCGAACUAUUUUUUAUGAAAAAUAAAUCAGAAAAGUUUAUUAACCAACGUGAAAAAAAAUUGUAAAAACUCACCCAAAGGCUGAAGUUUUCAUUUGAUUAGUCGGUUUCUUGAGGCCACGGUGUUCCCAAACGGGGUGGGGAGACGUCAAAAAAAAUUUGGCGCGAAAUUUGAAAUCUACAGUACACAGCCAGAGGCGAUCGAACAAACAAGUUUAUUAACGUUUGAUACUCAGUGCAUUUUAUCCGUAGCGCGCACUAAAUUUUUUUUGUAAAUUCAGAAAGUUUGACGCCUCGCUCACCUUCCCUCACCCCAUUAGGAACGCCGUGAGGCAAUAAUUUCAGUAAAAUAUUGAUUCCGCGAAAUUAAAAAAAAAGCCCCUUGAGAGGGAAAAAUAUAAAUGAAUUUCGCGAAAAUUACUGUGCGAGAGCGCCGCAGUGCAUGCACACAACACACUACAUUUCACGCAAAAAAUAUGGGCGAACCGUCAAUAAAAAAAUUUCUCUUUGCAGCCUUGAAACAACUGAAGAGUCCUAGUCUGUCUUUUCUCGAUCUGAUUUUACUGAUUACCAUAUAAAAGUUAUAAUUCCGACAAAAAUGGUUAUUUUAGCGUGAAAUAUGGAUUUUCCGUCAUCAUCAGCCAAACACUUCUUAAAAAUCAAAUUUAAGACUUAUAAUAUCUUUUGAAAGCUCGUUUUUUCAAACUUCACGAAAAAAUGACCAAUUUCAUCAAAUUUCAUAAUGAAAUUAGAACUUUUGAAAAAGGGACCAUAAAAAGAAAAAUUUUCUUUUCAGAAAUCCUCCGAUAACUGUUUUUAAAGAUUUUUCUUUGAUAGUUUGCGGGCUUUGAGAGGGGUCAUAAAUCUAAAAUGAGAUCUAGGAACGCCAGAGUGGUCUUUAGAGGGAUUAGAAAAAAACAAUCUCUACAGGGGCAAAAAGAAAAAAUUUAAAAAUUCGAAUUGAAAAGAAGUAUAGGAACCACUAGAGUGGCCACUUUUACUGCCCGUAUAGGGGGAGGGAAAGGGGUCCAUAGGUGAGGACCUUUAAGGACCACUUGGGUUGACCCUCUAGCGACCACUCUGGUGAUCGAGCUGUGCGAGAAUAUGUUUUUUUUUAGCUAACAUAGAAUCUUUCAGUUUCCUUUAGAGUUCAAAGGCCAAAAAGAGCUUGAUUUUCAGAAGAAUCCCAAAGAACAAAAACAUUUGCUUGUAGGUUUUUGGUGGCGUACGCAACGGCGAACGGCGUCAUCGAGGAGAAAAUCAUCCCGCCCGUUCCGGCCCACGAGGUGUCGCGCUUCGUUUAA